AUGAGUACACCAGCAUUACCAGCACCAAACGGCGAAAAUGCACCAGAGGUAAAAUGGGAUGACGAUUACACUUUUGCUUUUACUAAAGACCAUCAGGCUAAAUAUGCGGAUGCAAUACCACCAAGGGAGGUUAAAGAGAGAAAAGCGAGAGGACGCAAAGGAGCCGAUGAGUUAUUUAAUAUAGUUUCAUCAAAAACGGCAAGAGAUAUUAAAAGAAAGCAGGAUUGGAUUAGUAAUGCAUCAUUUAAUAUAUGGAAUGCAAAAGAUAUGGAAAGACAUGGAGGAGUUCAAAGAUAUUGGGGUCAGUUGGAAGAUUAUGACCACGAUGGAAUGCCCAUUGAAUAUGUCGUAAGAAGAGGAGGAAGCGACGGUCCUGUUGUGGCGGUUAAUGGUUAUACAACUUCAAAGUCCGAUUUUCCAUGGAGGUAUGAUUAUUAUGAAGCAUACCCAACAGAAGAAAAGAGGAAAGAAAAAUCAUUCGGUGAUUUCAUUCAUGAUAAAUAUGGACCGAAGUACAAACCUGACCAUAUGACUGUUGAAAGUUAUAAAUUAGAUCCGGAAAGUGAUAGUAGAACACGAUGGAUUAAACAGCAUGGAGGUUAUACCUAUCCUGUACCUAAAGAUAUUACACCAUAUCAGGCAAUAUCUACUAUCGUUCAUGGUAUCAUCGGUGAUAUUAUAUUAAAUAAUUAUGCUAAAGGCGAUGAAGAAAUGGCAAAAGAAAUUAGAAAGAAGAUUAUGAAAGCAUCUGGAAAAGGUCCUGGUUUCGCAUCCGUCCUAUGCUCUUUGGUUUAUGAUACUGUCAUAACAACUCCUAUUCAUGAUUUAUUAAGAACUAAAGGAUUAAUGCCUAAAUACAUUGAAUUAUUCGUGGAAACGAAGAGGAGAACCAAACCAGAGUUUGAAUUUAAAGCUGAAAAUCCAGAACAUGCAGAUAUGUUUAAUAAAUGGUUAGCAGCGAAGAAGAAAUAUAAGCAAGCAGCGAAGAAGUUAGCAAAGCAGUACGUAAGUGAUGAAAACAGAGCUAAAUUUAAAGCUGAUAUUACUGCAAGAAUUAAAGCAUCGCUUGAUAGGUUAAGUGCUUAA